AUGACUUCUCCCCUGCCCCCUCUCCGCCGCAUCGUCACAGGCCAUAACAAUACAGGCCAAGCGAUUAUUAAGUAUGAUGACAAAAUCACUGCCAAAGUCGUGCCCCACGGCGCUGCUUUGAGGAGCUUAUGGAUCACCGACUCUUCUCCCGCCGAUCUGUCAUCCCAAAGCGACAAUGCCGAUGCCAAGGUUGGAAUCUUCAACAACGGUUCUGUCUUUCGAAUUGUGGACUUCCCACCCAGAACCUCAGGUCAUAUGCAUCGCACGAUUUCUAUAGACUAUGCCAUCGUACAGAAAGGCACCGCCGUUCUUGUUCUCGACGAUGGAAGCAGAACAUCGGUGGGUGAGGGAGACGUUGUUGUGCAGCAAGGAACUAUGCAUGGAUGGGAUAAUCCUACUGAUGAAUGGGUUCGUUUACUGGUGGUUUUGCUUCCGGCAAAAGCGCCCAUAGUUGCUGGGAAGGAGCUGAAGACUGAUACAUCAUCCCUGGGCAUGUAA